AUGGCAGAGACAGGCCCUGCCCAGAGCGACAAACCGCGGCAAGCUGUACCGCAGCCGGUCGGUAUGCUUGCCUACAGGAGGCAGGCGGACUUGGACAUCGCAGAGGCUCUGGACGACCCAGAAACUAAGCGGAACACAGAGCUCAACUCUCUGAUAUACCAGCUGUCACAGGGCCAGGUCGACGAGCUCGACGCGCUGUCUGCGCGAACACACACACCAGAACGCCUGCUACGGUCGCCGUCGCUGUCGCGGCAGAACUCCACUGACAGCUCGCUGCCAACGACGAAUCUGUCUAUCGACGAGAUCUCCGAUCUGCAGCCAAAAAGACCACCGUUGAAAGGCAGCGGGUCGUUCCACCGCGGGAUCUCGUUCGAAAACAUGGGCAACAGCCAGCUGGACUAUGAGAAAAUGCAGUUUAUUCUCACCACGAAGCACAGAGACUUCCAUUUCGACAGAGUCUCGCGGACGUUUAUGUGUGGCUACGACGACAACGAGUGCUCGCUGCUCGCUUUGAAAUGGACGAUCGACGAGAUGGUCAGCGACGGCGACACGCUCGUGUGCCUACGGGUGCUCUCGAAAGAAGACGCGGCGGGCGAUUACCAGCGAGACUAUAAAAAGGAGGGAGAAAAGGUCUUGGAAGAGAUCGCGAGACUCAACUUCAAGGAUAAGAAGAUAAAAAUUGUGCUCGAGCUCAAGGUCGGAAAAGUGCCCGAGAUGAUCACAAAGGCCAUCACCGAGUACGACCCGGUGAUCCUGAUCGUGGGCACGCACGGAACACAGAAAACAGGGUUCCGCGCAAUCAUCGGCUCCAAGUCGAUGUCCAAAUACUGCUUGCAGUAUGCCCAGGUACCUGUCGUGGUGGUCGGUCCGCUGUGCCAUAUGCAGAAACCCAAGCUGGAUCUGAGUUCUGAAACGGUGUACGCCGACGCGCUUCGCAACUUCCAGCACGGCAUCGAGCUCGCGGAAACCGAGAUAAGAAAACCACGGUUCCAACGAAGCCUCAGAUCCGAGUCUGUGCUGUCGCCAGUGCGAUCGAAAUCGAGCUUCUCGCCCGCACGAUCCAACAGCCCGAACUUCUCCCCCUCCAGAGCGCUAAGCCCAUUUCGGCUAUUUCGAAGAAAUAGGGAAUAA